ACUGCCCCACUCCUUCCUUCCUCUCUCUCUCUCUCUCUCUCUCUCUCUCUCCUCUGUUGCUCUCUCUAUAAAAUCAACUCUCGCAGUCUCACUCCAUCCUCAUCUCUCCGUUCACGCACUGAAAACAGAAAUUAUUAGCUAGCACGCAGAGCGAUUCACUGUGUUGCUCUGUGUGUGGGGGAAAGGAUAUGGGUAGUGAUGGGUCGUCCUUCUCCAGCCCCUCGGCCUACCUCCGGGCGCUGGCGCAGACGCCGUCUCGCCUCGCCCGGCGGGCUGGUUCGGUCUCCACUUCCUUCGAGGAAAUGAACCGGGUACGGGCCCGGUCCGGAUCGGUCAUGCAGCGGAACCUCCGGUGGUUCGACCUUGUCGGGUUCGGCGUCGGUGGCAUGGUCGGCGCCGGCGUGUUUGUUACUACAGGUCAGGCCACCCGCGUCGCCGCCGGCCCCGCUGUCGUCCUCUCGUACGCCAUUGCCGGCCUCUGCGCCCUCCUCUCCGCCUUCUGCUACACCGAGUUCGCCGUCGACAUGCCCGUCGCCGGCGGCUCCUUCAGCUACCUCCGCGUCACCUUCGGGGAAUUCGCCGCUUUCCUUGCCGGCUCGAAUCUGAUAAUGGACUAUGUUCUAUCGAACGCCGCCGUAGCCCGCAGCUUCACGUCUUACCUGGGGAGAGCGAUUGGAGUCUCCGCCGAAACGAAGUGGAUAAUAACAGUAUCGGGUCUCCCAGACGGGUUCAACCAAAUCGAUUUUGUAGCCGUCGUCGUCGUUUUGAUCAUCACUGUCGUCAUCUGCUACAGCACGAGGGAGAGCUCGCUGCUGAACAUGAUCUUGACGGCGGCUCACAUACUGUUCAUAGCAUUCGUAAUCCUAAUGGGUUUUUGGAAGGGAGAUUGGAAGAACUUCACCGUACCGGCGGAUCCGAAUCACGCGGCAGGGUUCGCCCCUUUCGGAGUUUCCGGUGUCUUCAACGGAGCUGCCAUGGUUUACAUGAGCUACAUCGGAUACGAUGCCGUUUCGACGAUGGCAGAAGAGGUCAGAAACCCAGUUAAGGAUAUCCCUGUCGGGGUUACUGGCUCCGUUAUGCUUGUUACCGUCCUCUACUGCUUAAUGGCUGCUUCGAUGUGUAAACUCCUCCCUUACGAUCUGAUAAACAUGCAGGCGCCGUUUUCGGCGGCGUUCAGCGGGAAAUCGGACGGCUGGAGAUGGGUGUCGAACGUGAUAGGGGUGGGGGCGAGCUUUGGAAUCCUGACGUCGUUGUUGGUGGCGAUGCUGGGCCAGGCGAGGUACAUGUGCGUCAUCGGACGGUCCAACGUAGUCCCCGCGUGGUUCGCUAGGGUCCACCGUAAGACAUCUACGCCCGUCAACGCUUCGGCUUUCUUGGGAGUGUUCACGGCGGCCAUUGCCCUCUUCACCGAUGUGAGUGUCCUCCUCAACCUCGUAUCGAUCGGGACCCUCUUUAUAUUCUACAUGGUGGCAAACGCCCUCAUUUACCGGCGUUACGUGACGAUCGGGACAACAAGCCCGUGGCCGACCCUAUCCUUCUUGUGCUCCUUCUCCCUCACCUGCAUUAUGUUCACUUUGAUAUGGCACUUCACCCCCCACGGCAGGCCAAAAGCCUUUAUGCUCGGCGCCUGCUCCAUAAUCGCCGUUGCUAUUCUUCAACUGUUCCAUUGCAUUGUGCCCCAAACACAAAAGCCCCAAUUCUGGGGUGUACCCUUCAUGCCAUGGAUACCAUCCGUCUCAAUUUUCAUGAAUAUUUUCCUGCUGGGGUCCCUUGAUGCGGCAUCCUACGUGCGGUUUGGGUUCUUUUCAGCCAUAGCAGUGCUUCUCUAUGUUCUAUACAGUGUUCAUGCCAGCUAUGAUGCAGAAGAAGGGGGUUUUGGUCAAAACAGUGGUGAUCAAAUCCUCAAGGAACCAGCAAAAAGUAUUGGAGAUAGGAACAGCCUCAAAGUGUAAAAAGAAUUUUCUUUUGCCUUUUGCUCUUCUUCUGUUUUUCUUUUUUGGCAUAAUGGGUUUUCUUCAACUUUUUACAUAUGUGGGUUGAUGGGUACUUUUGAAAAGGGGUGAAGGGGCAAAAGAAGAGAAGAAAAGGAAAGCAAGGGAGUGGAGUGAACAGAAUGCAAUUGGCAAGCUGUAUAGGUGGGUCUAGAGUGGGAGUAGGUGUAGGCAUGGAUCCCUUGUGAAUUGGGUUGUGUUGGCCAUCAGCUCAAGUGUACUGUUGAUGUUUGACAUGCAACUGUCAAUGAAAAAUCAAGAAAGCAACACACUCAGCCUUGAGGUUGAGGGAUUGAAUUUUUUGGUUCC